UUCACCGUAACAAAAACCCUAAAUCCCCAACCUCUGCUUCAUUUGCUUUUCUACGCCCCGCCUCCUUCCUUGCUCAAAGUUCUCACAGUCGCACACUUGACCAGAACAAAAAAUGCCUUUCAAGAGAUACGUCGAGAUCGGGAGGGUGGCUCUCGUUAACUACGGCGAGGACUAUGGGAAACUCGUCGUCAUUGUCGACGUCCUUGACCAGAACCGAGCUCUUGUUGAUGCCCCUGAUAUGGUGAGAUCCCAAAUGAAUUUCAAGAGACUUUCCCUAACUGACAUCAAAAUUGACAUCAAAAGGGUCCCCAAGAAGAAGGAACUGCUUGCUGCCAUGGAGGCUGCUGAUGUGAAGAAGAAGUGGGAGAAUAGCUCUUGGGGUAGGAAGCUGAUUGUUCAGAAGAGAAGGGCAGCUCUUAAUGACUUUGAUCGAUUCAAGCUCAUGCUCGCUAAGAUUAAGAGAGCUGGGCUGGUGAGAACCGAGCUUGCAAAACUGAAGAAGGAGAGUGCAUCUUAGGAAAUAUCAUGAUAUUUAGUUUACAAUUUUGUCAUGGAUUUUCUUUUGAAAGCUUUAUGUUUGAAUGUAAUCCCUUUGUUUUUCUUCAAUCGAUUUUAGUUUUCAGAUCAUUGUUGUUUCUAGUAUUGUUGACAAAUGUUGGCGCAUCUCUUGAUUAAUUCUGCCAGUCUGUUUCACGUAUAGAAUACCAUUUUCUUGUAUGGAUUUUUAUGCUCAAUUUUGGUGCACGCUUUGUAUUA